AUGGCAGAAGAAGAUCAAAGCAGGAAGAAAGCAAACAAUCCCAAGCCUUAUCAAGGGAGGAAAGAAUGCAUGAAGAGGAAAUCAACGGAGUUUAAAACUCUCUACGAUAUCAAGAUUUGUACUGUUAUUACUGGUCCUAAUGGGGAACUCCAAACUUGGCCUGACAAUUUGAAUGCCAUACCAGAACCAGAAGAAGAAGAAGUGGAGAAAGAUCUCCUGAUGCUAGUUGAAUCAAAGCCUGCUGCUGUCAACCGGAGAAUUCAUUUCUUGGAGAACAAGAAUGUUGAUGUUGCUGAUAAGGGGAAAAGAAAGAGAAUUGAGUGA